AUGGCGCCGCUGCAGUAUGUGGAGGUGGAGCUUUCCUCCAAAGACGCCGCAGGCGCCGGCGGCAUCAAGCAGCACACGGGCGGAAAGGCGCAAGCGUGGCUCCAGUCCCCGGCAGUGCAGCGCGGAGCGCGGACCGCGGCUAUGAUCCUCGCGUG